AUGAUUAAUAGUGUUGUUGUUAUUAAUGCUUUACCAAUAUCUCUCUUAAGAAAUGCCGCUUCUUUGCGCAACCAACUACGCAACAUAUUACGUGAACGCCAGCUCGAAGAGGGUGAAGAACAAAGUCUCAACAAUGACAUGGACUAUUUGGAAGAAGAUAAACGUUCAGUGGCCGCUCUAGCAGCUCAGGGUCUUUUGCAUCACAACAAUAAUGCAGCCGCAGCAGCAGCUAAACGUAGUUUAGCUACACUAGCUAAAAAUGGACAAUUACCCACACCCGAUCCUGAGAUAAUGCCCGAUAGUGAUCAACGUUCCGAGGACAAACGUUAUGUGGGAGCAUUAGCACGUUCGGGUGGUUUAAUGGGUUAUGGCAAACGUAAUAUUGGCACUUUAGCUAGAGAUUUUCAAUUGCCACAAAAUGGUAAACGUAACUUGGCUACCAUGGCACGUUUGGGUAUGUUGGGUAAUCGUAAUGAUCCCAAGAGGAAUUUAGCUUCAGUGGCACGUUAUAACUCGCGUAUGUAUAAUAAUGCCGCCGAAAAACGUAAUAUUGGAGCUUUGAAGGGAUCGCCCGUGCAUGGUGGUGUGCAAAUGAAGCGUUCCGAAGAUGAUGUGUAUUUGCCAGCUGAGUAUAAUAAUUAUAUUGAUCCUUUGGCUUACUACUGGAACUAUGGCACUUAUGCCGAUUUAGAUUGGGAUGAUUUCGGCAGGGCCCAAAAGAGAUUUUUAGAUACCUCUAAGGAUCCUGAACUAUUUGGCCUAGAACAUGCACAUUUACUACAAAAUCUAGAUGAUGAAGAUCUAACGCCACUAACAACUGUCAACCAUCUGCCCGACGAAGCCGUUGACAGUCAUAGUGUAGCUGAAGAUUUAGCUGAGGAAGCGACUGCCGAUGAGGUGGAGAAUGAGGAAGAGGAGGGACAUUUUGCGCCGGUACCCUCAAAACGUCAUAUAGGUGCUGUAUAUCGUUCGGGAUUUUUGCCCUCGUAUAGGGCUUUGCGCAGUACCGCUGGUUCCGGUGUAGGUGGAGGCCGUUUUAGUCGUUCUGGACGUGCCAGGCAAUUUGUAUGAGUAAAUGGCGGUGAUUUGUGUGCUAUCUUUUCAGUUUCUUCUUCUUGUUCUACUUCUUC